AGUGUUCUUCAGCUAUGGUACGUGUCGGGGUGCGGAGUGAUGCCGAGAGAGACGCCGCGGUGGUGGAUAAAGCGCAGGACCGGAGGCACGUGGGAAGACCUCCGCCAAUGCGACGACACGACGGACGACUACUUCUGGGAAAAGCUACGAAUGUCGCCACGAGUGUUCCAGGAGAUCACGGAGGCAUGUGCGCCUCAUCUUCAGCGGCGGGUGACGUUUUACAGGGAGCCUCUGCAGCCUGACCAGAUUGUCGCAUACACAUUGUACAGGUGGGCGUCGGGUGAGACAUACGAGAGCGGCACGUGCAACUUCGGGGUUGGCAGAGCCUCUGGCCUCGUCGCCGUGCGCGACGUCACUGCCGUGCUGCUCCGGGUGUACGCAGAUAAGAUUGCCUGGCCGAGUGGACUUCGCAAGCUCCUCGUCCUGCGGGCGUUCGCUGAUAAAGGAUUCCCCAAUUGCCACGGUUGCAUCGACUGUACUCAUAUCUUCGUCGACAAGCCGGCGAACGCCCCGAGCGAGAACUAUUACGACAAGAAGCGCCGUUUCUCCAUCGUCGCGCAGGUUGUCGUCGACGUGCACUGCGGAUACCCGGGGAGCUGCCACGACAUCAGGGUGCUCCAGCUGUCCAGCCUCUGGCAGUGCGCGGAGUCAGGGGAGUUGUUCCGUGGUCCGCCUGUGACACUCCCUUUUGGUGUGCGCACGAACGGCUACGUCCUGGCGGACAACAGUUACCCCCCAUCUGAAUGGAUGGUGGUCCCCUAUGGAGGCAUCAAUCAGCACGUCGACGACGAGCGUUUCGACAACAAGCAGAAGGUGGCGAGGGGAGCGGUGGAGCGAGCGUUCGGCAGGCUAAAGGGCAUGUGGCGUCUGUUUCUGCGAUCACACAAGACGAACCUGGACACUCUCCCGCAGCAGUUCACCGCCGUCUGUAUACUGCACAACAUACUUAUCGACGCCGGGAUUCCAUUCGACGAGAACCUGCUAUGGGAGGUCGACGCUAAUGGUGUGCGAAGACGUGUGGACCUGGGGAUGGAAGAGCCCCUGCAGCCCGUGUCGAUGCUUAACUACGGCCGACGAAGCGUUGGCCCUGCGCACUGCUCUGUCGGAGCGAAUGAAACAGCUCUGAGUCCUGUUGCGACUCAGCACGGCAAGGAGUGGCAUUGUGUUCGUCGCAGCGAUGGCAAGAGGGUGGAGACUUCGUUUUGUUCCGCCUUCUGCGGGGUGUCUAACUGCAGGCCGGGGGUCAUCGUCGUCGUUGAUGGUUGUCAUCCCUAGGCGUCGACGUUGCGGGUUUCGUGUAAUGCAUAUAGAGUUUAGACAAGGCAGCAGUGGCGUCUGCGUUGUGUUUAGGUCGU